AUGGAUAUAUUUAAUAUCAGCCUAGAUGACAUCGACUCCAAUAUUUCUGCACUCCUGUGUGAACUCAACUUAGAAAAUUAUACAAUUUUCUGUAUGAACCAUUCUCCACAGCCUUUAAAAGAUCUGAACCAAACCGUUCGAAUCCUCCUGUAUGCCUUGAUCUUUUUGCUCGGUGUCCUGGGAAACACACUGGUAAUCAUAGUGCUGAUCAGAACCAAGAGGAUGAGAACCGUCACCAACAUAUUCCUCUUGUCGCUGGCCAUCAGUGAUCUCAUGCUUUGCUUCUUCUGCAUGCCUUUCACCCUCAUUCCCAACCUCCUCCAGGAUUUCAUUUUUGGCAGUGCCUUCUGUAAAAUUACCAGCUACUUCAUGGGCGUCUCAGUCAGCGUGUCAACAUUCAGCCUCAUUGCGAUAUCUUUAGAGAGGUACAGCGCCAUCUGCAAACCGUUGCAGUCUCGGGUCUGGCAGACAAAAUCACAUGCCUUGAAAGUGAUUGCCGCAACCUGGUGUGCCUCCUUCAUCAUCAUGACGCCCUACCCGAUUUACAGCAUGUUGAUACCGUUUACAACACUCCACAACAGCACUGCGAAUAUGUGUCGCCUCCAUUGGCCAAGCAAAGUGAUGCAGCAGUCUUGGUACAUCUUCCAGCUGCUCAUUCUUUUCCUUAUCCCAGGGAUUGUAAUGAUGAUUGCAUAUGGCUUAAUCUCCUUGGAGCUCUAUAGAGGAAUCAAAUUUGAUGUCAGUCAGAGAAAGUCUUCACGAGAAAGGAAAGCUAGCACCAGCAGCAGUAAAUAUGAUGAAGGAGAUGGAUGCUACCUGCAGAAAAGCAAGAAGAAGAAAGGGAUGCCACUUCAUCAACUUUCGGCAAAUAAUGGCAGCACCAAAAUCAGCCGGCCUAGAAGUAGCUGCUCCACUGCUAACUUGAUGGCCAAGAAGCUGGUCAUCAGAAUGUUGAUUGUGAUUGUGAUCUUAUUUUUCAUUUGCUGGACUCCAAUCUUCAGCGUCAACACCUGGCGUGCCUUUGACACCAUAUCAGCAAACCAGCUUCUCUCUGGAGCCCCCAUCUCUUUCAUACAUUUGCUGUCCUACUUAUCAGCCUGUGUGAAUCCCAUUAUCUAUUGUUUCAUGAACAAGCGUUUCCGCAUGAGGUUUCUGGCAACCUUCACUUGCUGUGCCAAGCAAAAACUUCCAGUGGUCAGAGCAGAGAUGGCUGAGGAUGAGGAAGGGAAGACCACGGGGGCAUCUCUUUCAAGGUACUCUUACACACACACAAAUGUGUCUGUUCCUCCAUGA